AUGCUUACCAAGUUUGACGUGCGCUCUUGCCGUGUGAAGGGAAUCAGCUUCCACAAGACGAGGCCAUGGGUACUAUGCGGAUUGCACAACGGCGCAGUGCAGAUUUGGGAUUACCGCACAAACACAUCAAUCGAUACCUACACAGAGCACAACGGCUCCGUCCGUGGUGUCGACUUCCACAUUUCGCAGCCGUUGUUCGUAUCGGGAGCUGAUGAUUACUUGAUCAAGGUGUGGAAUUACAAACUCCGUCGCUGUCUCUUUACGUUGAAGGGGCACAUGGAUUAUAUCCGUGUUACAUUCUUUCACCACGAGCAGCCCUGGAUCCUGUCGUGCUCUGACGACUUCACCGUCAGGAUUUGGAAUUGGCAGAGUCGAAGCAGCGUUGCGUGUCUCCCUGGACACAAUCACUACGUCAUGUGCGCUCAGUUUCACCCGACUGAGGAUCUAGUGGUGUCAGGGAGUCUUGACAGGACCAUUCGCGUCUGGGACAUAUCGUCGCUGCGGCUGCGCAAGCAGGAAGUGGGGCUCGCUCAGGAUCUCCUUGGCACAAGCGAUGUUGCCCUUAAGUAUCUGCUCGAGGGGCAUGAGAAGGGCGUUAAUUGGGUCUGCUUUCACCCCAUGAAACCGUAUAUUGCCUCUGCGGCGGAUGACCGCACGGUGCGUGUCUGGCGUAUGAUGGAUUCCUCUUGUCAUGAGGAAAUUCAGCUUCGGGGCCACACCAACAAUGUGUGCUGCGUAACCUACAUGAAAGACUUCCUCAUAUCUAAUAGUGAGGAUCGCACAAUCCGUGUAUGGGAUGUAAAGGCACGCAACCCGAUCAUGGUAUUUCGCCGUGAGGCGGAUCGUUACUGGAUUUUGGCAACACUCCCAGAAAAGAAUCUCAUCGCUGCAGGACACGAUUCUGGUAUGCAGGUUUUUAAGCUCUUCCGUGAGCGUCCUGCGUGGAUUCUAAACGGGAAAUUACUCCACUAUAUUUACGAGAAUACACUAUACUCACACGACCUGGAAUCGAAGGUAGAGUAUAAGUUCGUCCUAUCGCCACACCUCCACCCACCCCGCACCAUCUCCUGCAAUCCGGUGGACAACAUGGCGGUUGUAUGGUACGAUACCGAUGGUGGAGUGGCGGAGACGUUUACCAUCCCCAAGCCGGGCUAUGCUGUGGAUGCAGACGUACGCAAACGUACAAAUGUGACCGACGCCGUUUUCUUUUCCCCAAAUAAAUACGCUUUUGUGGAUAAAAACAAAAAAUUGGCUGUUUGCAACUGCCAGGGAGACCGUGAAAAGGUUGUAACUCCUGAACACAGCUGCAAACGGGUAUUCCCCGGUCCGAUGGGCUCUAUUGUGUGCCAAACAGAAGAAGGUGUCGAGCUGUACCACAUGGCUCAGCAUGAUGUUACGGCGACGGCGACUGUGUCUGGGGUACGACAUGUUGUUUGGGACAAAGAUUUCAACAAGGUGGCUUUCAUGACGAAGAACUCUAUCACGGUAAUGACCAGACGUUUGAAGAUGAUUACAACUAUUGUGGAACCAACAGUGCGCAUGAAAUCUGCUUCUUUUGAUGAGCAGCGUAAUAUUCUUUAUUAUACCACCGCCAAUCAUUUGAAGUACUGCAAUCUGCGUACUGGAGAGUGUAGCACUAUUCAGACCAUGAAAAGCCCUGCGUAUCUGGUACGGGCAAGUGGCGAUACUAUCUGGGCGAUUACACGGGAAGGUAGAGUCAUAAUGCAAGAACUUGAAAACCUUGAACUCAAUUUUAAGUUAAAACUCCAACAACAAUCGUACCGUGAUGUGAUCAAGAUCAUUCAUCGAAAACAACUCAAGGGACAGGCACUCGUUGGAUACCUCCACAAACACGGCCACUCUGAGAUAGCUCUGCAUUUCGUCACUGAGCCGCUUACUCGCUUUAACUUGGCUGUAGAGUGUGGGGCCUUGGACAUCGCGAAGGCCACAGCGCUUGAACUGAACCAAGCUGCUGUUUGGAGACGUUUGGCCGAAGCAGCGACGAGUUAUGGUGAUAUUCAACUCGGGCAAUUUGCCAACUCCAAAACUGGGAACUACCACGGGGCUGGCCUGCUUUCUUUGAUUACUGGGAAUUUGGCUGCCCUUGGUCACCUGGUCGACACAACCAAUGAUGACAAUUUCAAACUUCACUACGGAUUGUAUCUACAAGACGUUCAACAGCGCGUCAAGAUACUAGUAAAUGCGGGCCAACUACCGUUAGCGUACUUAACGGCAAAAUCAAAUGGGCUUGAUGAAUUGGCAUCCGAAUUGCUUGAGAGGAUGGAACCUGAAGUGGCUGAACGUAUGCAGCAAACUAAGGUUAACUGCGUCUCGGAGGCUACACGACCUACUGCCCUUACAGAAAAUUGGCCUAUGCUACAGGUAGAAGAAUCCGUUUUUGCACGUCUUUUGAAAGAACCAAACCAAUUUAAUGGUAUUGAGGCUGGAAUAGAAGAGGAGGAGGAAGAGGCCCUAGCAGGCGCUGGAUGGGACGAGGAUGAGGGCGACUCUGCCGCGGGGAGGGAUGCCGAAGAGGCGGAGGAGCUGAACGGCGUUGAGGGUGGGGGAUGGGAUGACGACCUCGACAUUGAAGUGCCAGUAGAACGCGGAGCGGAUGGGGCGCAGAAAGGUAUGUACGUUGUACCCAACGAACACCCGCCACUAUCGCGGCAGUGGGUUGAUAACUACUCUCUGCCGGCAUUCCACGUGGCAGCUGGAUCCUUCUCAACUGCGUUUGAUCUCCUUCGCCGUCAAAUUGGGCUGUGUGACCCGGCGCCAUUGAAGCCAUAUAUGAUAAACUUGUGGGCAUCAGUAAACGCAUCGCGACCGGCAUCGCUUGUCCCAUCCGUUAUGUUUCCCCUCACCACGUUCCCGAUGGAGGAGCAGCGUGGCUCCCAGCACGUGCCCCAGCUGCCGGACUACGUACCUGUGUUAACCGAAAAGCUGAAAGCGGGCUACGCGGCGUUCGUGGAAGGACGCUUCUCUGAUGCUCUUGAGCAGUUUGUUGCUGUCAUUCACCAGGCGGCGUUGGCCACGUACAAAAACGAAAAACAGCGGGCAACACUUCUUGAGUUUAUGACAAUAGCCCCUGAAUACGCACGUGCACUCAACGUGCAGCUUCACUGCCGUAACGCUGACGGAAACUCUAAAGAGGCACUUGAGCUGUCGCUCUACUUUACGCACUUCAAACUUCAACGCGCACAUCUUACUUUGGCCCUCUCACAGGCCAUGAGUAAGGCCUACAAGAAGAAGAGCAUCAAGACAGCUGCUGCGGUCGCGAGGCGGCUUCUUGACCAAGACCCUCCAAAGGCAAAGGCCAACCAGGCAGCUGCUAUUGUGGCUGAGGGAGAGCGAAACCCGACAGAUGCAGAGCCUGUUGAAUACGACGAACGCAAUCCAUUUGUGUUGUGCUCCGUUUCUCACAGGCCCAUGUACAAGGGCACAAUUGAUCCAAUACGAUGCAGCUACUGUUACUCCCCUGCACAUCCUGACCACAAGGGAAAGAAGUGCCCGGUGUGCAGGGUUGCAUUUUUGGGUGCUGAAUCCGCCGGUCUCGUCAAUCGUGCUUAG